UCUGUGUUGCCAGAGUGUGAGAUGGCAAAGUUUGGUCAACUGUGUAGCAGAAAUUCCUGUAACAGGAGGAGGACAGGGGACAGACAGUAUGGAGCAAGCAGAACAGACCAUGUGCAUGAGGGCAUUGACAUUGUGUGUAACGACGGGGCCACAGUGUACGCUCCAUUUGACGUGAAACUCAGCGGCAAAGUGACAGUGUACACAAACCCGAAGAAGGCAGCCAUCAACGAUGGGAUCAACCUCAGUGGGGAGGGUCUGUGCUUUAAGCUGUUCUACGUGAAGCCUGACAGUUACUCUGGGGUGGUGAAGAAGGGCCAGAGGAUUGGGACCCUGCUCCCCAUGCAGAGUGUCUACCCAGGGAUCACUUCUUACGUCCACGUCCAGAUGUGUGACAAGUCCGACCCCACCAAGUACUUCUGA